CGUGUGAAUGUUAUCAAAUCCAUCGGUGUGUAAAAAUAGUUAGUCCAACUAAAUCUUUAAAAUCAUGGUGUCUAAAUAUUUAAAUAUCAAAUAGUUUGAGGCUCUUUACUGUUUCGGGGUAAGAACCUAAACAAUGGCAACAUGCAAAUCCUUCAUUGACUCAUUAAAUAAAGGUUCGGAUGCGUGUCUUAAAUUUCCUUGUUUCCCAUGCAAAACUACGGAGGCUGUAUACAAAUGUGUCGAAUGUCAGGAACUUUACUGUCAGAGAUGUUGGGAUGGACACAAAUCGUUUGUUAAAGACCAUAAGGUGGUGGAUGUCAACCCAAAGGAUAAAUGUCACCAUUUAGUACAAUCUUCUGGAUACUCUUGCGAAGAACAUCAGGGAAGGAUUUAUGAAAUGUACUGUGCCGAACAUGAUGCAAUUUUCUGUGCUGUAUGUAUUUUGAAACACAAAAAUUGUAAUGGUGUGGACCAUAUACCUGAUAUUGCAAGUUCGUUACUGCUGCAGCAAAAUCAAGAAAAGAUUAAAUCAGGUUUGGUGAACCUUCACACCGAAUUGCAAGACAUCAAGUUCAAGUUGUCAGAAUAUCUUAAAGAGGUGAACGGUAACCUUGAUAAUAUUUUAGAUGCCAUCAAUGAGUUUAAAAACAAAUUGUUGAAACGAAUAGAAGAAAUAGCAAAAUCUUCAAUUUUAGAAGUUACGACGAGACACGAGGCCAUAGCUCAUGGGUUAAAAUUUGACAUGGACAAACUCGACUGCAUGGAAGAAGAUGUUAAGAAGUUCAUUUCGAAAUUAGAGCGGGACAGUUUUCACGAUGACACGGAACAUUUCGUUACCGUGAAACUGGCGGAAUAUAACACAGCUAAAGUAACUGAAUGUGCAUCAGAGUUACUUUGGGAACCCUCAAAAAGAUUAAUAUUUAAACGUAACAGCAUAUUCGAGAAAUGCCUGGAAGAAAGUUCUUUUGGAGAGUUAAAUGUUAUCGGCCGACCUGUCGGAGAUGUCGUGAACAUUCUUCUUGGAUGGGAUACAAACGCCACGGACUUACCAACACGUUCAUUGCAGUCUGACCUUCUUGGGUUUGGAAUACGUUCGAAGAUAAUCAAAGCAAAUGAAUUCAAUUCUAAUGUUCUUACUGUGUGCGUUGUAUCAAACUCGUCGGAUUUGUACGGCAUACUAUUUGACCUAAAAAGAUUGAAUAAACUGGAAAAUUGCCAAAUACUGAUGGUAUGUUUGACAAGUGUACGUUUUAAAGAGCCAGAACAAGGUUACUUUGGUAAAUUGUUUGGAUCUGGUCCCAGAGUUAAAGAUCAAAGUUAUAUGCGAGGAUAUGCGGACAACAAAUGCCAAAGAGACAAAAUACCCUUUGUCUACAUUGAUACAGAGGACGAUGAACGUAAGGAGAAAGACACUGCUGACGCCAUACAGUUUAUCAGUGGAGUUGUAAGGGGUACAUGCGUGUAAUAACAUUAUUGAAUUUGAAUGCCGAUUGAUGCCGUAUGAUAUUUGUUAUACUUACAUAGCUUUGCUUUUAAUUGAUAGGAUGAAAAAAAAGUAAAAUUAUGAAUAACAAAGUAAAAUUAAUGUCAGUGUUAAUGUAUAAGUAAUUUUUAGUUUUAAGUAAACUAAGUAUAUAAGGUUACAAAAACAAACAAACAAAACAAUUAAAUAAAUAAACAAAUAAAUAAAUAAACAAAGUAAUUGAUAUAAGGUGGAAUGGAAAUUAAUUAUUUCUUAAUUGGUUUAGAAAUAGUCAUUCUAUUUUUCUCGGAUCAUAUCUAAAUGUAGAAAGAAUGGUUGUCAAUAUGUCAACAAAAGGCCAGUGCAAGUAGCAAGCGGAGGAUGAAGAAAUUUAAAUUUAAGAAAUUUUAUGAUAUGCCAUAACAUAAGUAUCAAAAUGCAGUAAAAUAUAAAAAUCAUUACUACGCAUUAAAGAAUUAAAUGCCAAGUUUGAUUAGAUUUUGGCAAUGCCUUAUUAUAAAAAAGUCGGUUUACUUGUUUAUACUGUUAGUUAGAUAUUGCAGUCUGCCAUUAACUUUAUUCGACUCGAAAUUCGUUUAUAAUCAAUUAAGCUUUUGAUCCAAAAUACCAAAGCAAAAUACAAUUCACUUCUCAUACACUAUAUAUUGCUGACGUUAACCGCUCAUCGCCGUCAUGAAAAACAGAUAAGGUCUCUUUAUCUCAAAUCGUUUUAAACCCCAAAAGUGCAUUUAAACCGUAAUUGCUACUCUUGCGAAAAACUUGUUUAAUAAAAAAUGAAUAAUAUAACAUCUAUAUUUAAAAAAAGAAUAUAUUUGGCAGCUGUUUGAUAUGUUAUAUUUAAGAUAUUUUUAAAGCAUGUUCAAAGUUAAGAACGUUUAAUGAAACUAUUUCACUUGAAACGCAUCGCUGCAUGUUAAAAACCAGUUUAUUAUACUGAUAACCGGGUAGCCUAGAUGUAAAUAAUUCGCUUACCUGUGCAGGUAUAUAAAUCGAUAUACGUAACGACAAAACAAAAUGGCAGCAAGAUCUAGAUCUAGAAGGCGGAAGAAAAAAUCAGUGAUACAAUCAUCGGAUUAUAUAUACGACUUUUCUUGCUAUCCAUGUUCAAACAAAGGUAAAAACACUGAAGGAUUAUUUCAAUGCGUUGACUGUGUACAAUACUUCUGCGAUAAGUGUUUAGAUUUUCACAAUCAAAGUGUUGAAGACCAUACUAUAAUAAGAGCAAGUGACGCGUUUACAAAACAAGAUGAAAGUUGUAUACUCGGUGCAAGUGAUGAUGGAGAUAGAAAUUAUCUACAAAAUCGAAAGGAAGUGAAAGAGUUCCAGUCAUGCGAAUAUCACAAAGGAGAAUCCAUAACAUUGUAUUGCUUUUCUCAUGGCGAAGUCGGAUGUAAAAGAUGCAUUGAUGAUGACCACGGAUUCUGCGGUCACCUUGGCGUUGUUGAGAGCAUACAAAAUAUUGCAAAGCAUCACAUACAGGAAGACGAUGAUGUGACACAUGACUUACAAAAAAUAGCAAGUGAUCUGCGAGAUCUUAAGUAUAAACAGUCGACAUUCUAUAAAGAGGUUGAACAAAAACGGGAAGAAAAAACAGCAGACAUACAACAAUUUAAAGCACAACUUGUCAAAGAAGCUGAAGAUAAAGAACGAAUUUCCUUUCAAGAAGUUGAGCGGCGAUGUAGUUCUAUAACCACAAGCUUAGAUCACGACAUGGCAAAUGUCAAUAAAAUGCUCAGUGAGGUUGAGAAGGACAUACACCAAGUUCAGCAACACUCAUCAGACGACAAAGUUGGGAUGUUUGUUAAGCUGAAACUGGCUAAACGACGCUUUGU